AUGCCAUCCAGGAAGAAAACAUCCAUGUUUGCCUCUGCUUUUUGUACCUGCGUGAGCUCCUUCGCGGUGAUCUGUGUGGCGCUGGCCACGCCGCAGUGGGUGAGCAGCGAGGUUCGGUUCUCGCGCGCCGGCUCCAACGUCACCAUCAGCCUCACCUACGGCCUCUUCAGUGGCACCUGCGAGCUCUUCGUGGAUGCAAGACUCCAGGUGUCCAAAACCAACUUCCAAGUCGCAGACGCCCUGAGCAGCCCCGGGAGCAGGGGCAUGAACAUCGCCACCAUCGUGGUGCUGGUGCUGGCUCUGCUGAGCUCCCUGCUCAGCUCGGGCUUCACCUGCACCAACGCGGUCAGCAACCCCUACCAGACGUUCCUGGGACCCAUCGGAGUCUACACCUGGAAUUCCGUCUGCGGGAUCCUCAUCCUCAUAGCCAUGAUCCUUUUCCCUGUGAACGUGGAAGGAACUGGCCUGUCUGAAGAGCUGGCCCACAGCUGUUCCAGCUCCCCGCCGACACACGUCGGAUCCAAGCACAGCUAUGGAUAUUCCUACUGGAUCAUGCUGCUCGUCAUCUUCCUGAACGCUGCUUCUCUCAUCAUCAUCUACUUCUACGACCACGCCAGAUAUUCCAAGAAGAAGGAGCAGGAAAGACCCAUGGAAAAUGCACCAAAGGAUGUUAUUCUCUUUUAAGGACACCUUGGAAAAGGGGGUGUGAAGGAAGAUGACUUUAAUGCGGACAGCAAACUUCCAUUUGCUCUGAAGCGUGUGGACACUUCAAUUCCCAGACUGUUUUGAGGACACAAAAGCCUGGUUUUGGUUUUAGGUGCCUUCUGGCCUGAGCAGGAAGAUCAAAGCCAUUGCUUUCAUGGUGUGGGAUUUGGGAUCUCGAGGGACAGAAAGACUGCAAACACCAGGAUCCCCUGGGAUGAGGAGAAAUGGUCACUGAGAGGCUGCUGCUCCCUUUGCUCCUGGCUCUGCUUGGGGAUCUCCUGCAGCUCUGGAGGCUCCUGCACCAAAAUGGGAGCGCUUGAGGCCAAAAUCCACAGAACACAGGGUGGAGUCCCCGUGCCUGGAGGGGUUUCACAGCCCUGUGGAGGUGGCACCUGGGGACACGGGGCACUGGUGGCCAUGGAUUUACCAACCUAAAAGAUUCAACAAUCCCACGACAGCAGAGAUACCAAUAUCUGCAGGUUAUGAAAGCACGGAAACAUCAGGAAAAUCCUGUCUGACCUUUGAGCAGUGCCAAGAGCAAAGCCACACCUGGGACAGGCGUGCCUGACCCCUCUCCACACCUUCCCCUGGGCACAAAGUCCUCCCAGCUGGAUUAUCAGCGGUGAUUUCUGGCCAGGGCCAUCCCUUUUCCCCCUUGAAGGAGUAUUUAAUGUGCUCACAAAGACACACGGCUGCAGAACUGCCCGGGACUGGGGGAGCUCCCUUCCCAUUGCUCCCAGGGAAGUGAGCAGUGGGACCUUGGGACUGAUCUAAAGUGCAAAAUCCAGCUCAGAGCUCGUGUUCAGCACUUCUGCUCCUUUCCCCCUCAGCUCUGCAGCCAGGAAAGACUUUUUUUAUCCCUUUAAAAAGACGAGAAAAGCCUCCUUUUCCUUUCCAGUGUGGUUUUCAGUCACGCUCCACGUCCAUCCUGUGACACAAGAGGUGCUCGUGGAGAUGAAAAAGCAUUUUGAAGGGGGCAC